AUGGACGCUUUGCCGAGCGAACUCGUCACCGCUAUAUCCUUAUUUCUCUCUCAUCAUGACCUCAAGGCUUUCCGGCUCUGCUGCAAGGCGUAUGCUGCACUCGCCGAAUCUGCUCUGUUUGACAACUUCGAAUUUCGCCUCUGGCCUCGGCGGGAGCGUUUCGCUGAACUGGAGGCGCUGACCAAUGCGCCAACCAUCGCUUCCAAGCUCAAAGUGCUCUCAUUUGAGUCGGGAGUGCCGCUAGAAUACGCUGAUUAUCGCUACUGGCAGGCUCAGGUCUACAAAGCGCUGAGUAGCAACUGGGCGCAGAGCCACUCGGGUCAUGCACCGCCCGAGGGAGAGUACAGAAAAUUCCACGCCGCGUUGCAGUCGCGCUUCACUGAGAACGUGCGUUGGGACUAUGCACUCUAUCGUCAGUACCUUGAUGUCGAAUCAGACCGUGUCGCCAACAGCCUGGAUGCUAUGCUUGCCAGAUCUUUGAGUCUGCUGAGUCAAUACUGCUCUAACAUCCAAUUCAAGCUUCUAAUGCGCGAGCCACAGAUUUCCCUCGAGGAAGUGGAACAUUUUGUACCUGAAUGUGACAUCUAUCAAUGUCCGGAAACGCAGGAUCCUCGCCAGCAGGUGCUCGACAGACGACGAAACACUCUCGCCCAUUUCCUCAAAUUCCUUUCCGCAACCCAACAGUCCCCAUUCGACUUGGCGAACCUGACCAUGUCUUCUAUACCGUUCCAACUGAUCGACCAACCCGAUGCUCUGGUCACCCUCAAAGAUGCAUUCAGUAGUCUCACCUCCCUCAGCCUCGACCUCUCUGCACUUCCUCAUUCAGACUGGCUAUCUCGAGCCGGUCUGACCGAGCCAUACUCCCGCGGUCGCAGUACGUCCGCCCGACAACUCCGCCAGCUGCUUGACCAACCUCAAAAUCUACAGUGCCUUCGUCUGGAACUGCCUCGUGGCAAGGAGGCCGAAUUCUCCUUUGAGCUCUUCGAUCGGACGAAUCUCGAUCGAUUUCCACGCCACUUCUUGAGCAACCUGACACAUCUCUCGCUGUCCCGCUUUCGAUGUUCUUGGCCAGAUAUGCAGCUGUUCUUACAGGAAGCCACAAAUCUUCAGACCGUCGUGCUUGUGGAUGGGCGACUGGAGACAGCCUCCCUUAUUGAUCUGUUAUGGUUCAUGCCUACGCUGAAACUUGGACGGGUUUCUCUGGGAGGUAAAUGGUACGUUGACGAAGAUGAAGGCCAGUGGCAUGCAAAUUCAAAGGAUGAUUUUACAGACUGCAUCGCCGCUACCGUAUAUGAAGGACCAUACGUCCAGAGAGGGAUGAAACACAGAAUUGAGGAGUUCUUGGUCAACGGCGGCAAUGAUUGCCCGCUCCCACGAUGGACACCUCAAGGGAGGGAAGAAGAACUUUGGGAGUUGUACGGUGACACCAGCUGGCACUACCUGCCUGCUAUGGGUGAAUAG